AUGGACUCCACACACUUGCGCACCACAUCCGCCGGCUCAACGGCCGGCGGCGACCUCACACCCGGCGGUAGCGGCAUGGUGCCGCUGGUAGACCUAUCCUCGCGCACGCCGUCGCCGUACCCGCGCAGCCGGGUUAGUGGCGGCGCGUCCGAGGACGAGGACGACGACGUGUACGAGCCGGGCCCGUCGUCACUGGUGCGGCCGCUCGUGUCGGCCGCGGACAUCGGGACCGGCGGGUCGUCGUCGUGGCGGCGCGUGCUGCGCAAUACCGGCGGGCUGGGCAACUUCUUCUUCGGGACGUGGAUGGGGUGGCAGGUGUAUGUGGGACUGCUGGUGUUCUGGGUGGCUGGCGCGUCGUUUGGGCUGUUGUUGAUGAAUCGGUUUAUUUUGCUGACCGGCGUCUACAAGUUCCCAUACCCUCUGACGAUGACGUGGAUACAAUUGGUGCUGGAGCAUAUCUUUCUGAUCGGGUUCGCGGGCUUGACGCGCCUUCUGUCGCGCCCGUUGCAGAGGCUUGGACUCGGUGCUAUGGUGGCGCCAGCGACGCCGCUCUCGAGCGGACAGGGGUUCAGAGGACCGCCUAGGCAACGUGGUGGGCUACUGCGGUUGCUGGGCGGUGGGAACGGUGGGGUUGCGGGUGGUGGCAUUUUCGAGUUCGAGUGGCCCGUUGCGAAACACGUCGUUCCUUUGGCUGUGGUGUAUCUGGCCAAGGUUGUGCUGAGCAACAUCUCAUUUGCAUACGCCGCUCAAGAGACGUACACGCUUGCCCGCAUUGGCGUGGUUCCUAUUGCUUUGCUUCUCGCUGGCAGCUCCUCGAUUACAGCCAACUCGGUUUCCACCCAGUCCUCGGCUCUCACAGCAACCUUCAGCCUCCUCGUCGCUUCCAUCCGCCCCGGCGUGCGCGUUACCUGGGAAAGCAUCCUCGCCGGCGUCUUCUCCUCCCUCUUCACGGCCAUCUACCCCAUCCUCCUCCUGCGGACCUUCCGCAGGCUUGUCAACGACAUGGUCCCGCAAGGCGACGUGCUGACGGGCUUCCCCUCGACGCCCGGCCUCGACGAGACACCGUCGGGCAGCCGCGAGGAGACGCGCGCGUACUGGCGCACGCUGCACUACACGUCGGUGCUGACGCUCUUCCUCACGACGCCCAUCCUCGUGCUGUCCGGCGAGCUCGGCAACAUCUACCACAACUGCUACUUCCUCGACGUGCCCUUCUUCUGGUUCCUGACCGUCUGCGGCGGCAUCGGCGCCUGGGCCGUCUUCUCGAGCACCCUGCUGCUCACAAAGGCCACCAGCCCCCUGACCGUCAGCUUCAUCAGCGUGCCCAGAGGCGCCUUCCAGCUCAUGUGCUUGAACAAGUUCAAGAUGCCCGUGCACAGCUGGCUCGGCGUCAGCUUUUGCUGGGUUGCUAGUGCGUGGUUCCUCGUUGCUAGGAGGGACGAGGGCAGGGCUUUGGAUAGGCUGAGGUUGGAGGGCCGGUAA